AUGCACAAGAAGAGGCAAAACCAUCGGAAAGCCUUACACAGGCUGGACGGAAAGAUUUCGCAUAUUGUUCAGGAUAUGCACAAGAAAUCGGCCCUCUUCUUGUGCAAGUCUUAUAACAAUAUUUUUCUUCCCAAGUUGGAUUACCAUGAAUGCACCAAGCUGACCCGAAAAUCAAGGUCCAGCAUGGCAACUCUCGCUCAUUGUUGUUUUCACGAUCGCUUGACGAUGAAGGCAGAGCAGUUCCAUAGUACUAGUAUUCAUGAGAUUGAGGAAGAUUACACGUCGAAGACUUGUUCUAGUUGUGGAAAUUUGAAGGAUGACCUUGGCUCCGCCAAAGUAUAUAGCUGUAUAAAGUGUUCCUCGGUUUUCGACAGGGACUUCAACGCAGCAAAGAACAUCAUGCUCAAGUAUAUCUGUGAGCAUUUGAUGGCAAGUGGUGAGUCUUCCAUUUCUUCUGCUCUAAGUACAGAAAAUGGUCGACUGGCCAGGAAGCAUCAUGGCGCCUGA